CUCACUUGGAGGCCUGAAGAAGUCAAGUUGCUUACAUUCAGUAUGGAGUCUCUUGUUUGAGUCAUGAAGACUCAUCUUGAGUCUUCCUGCACGUAACCAGAAUCAGGCAGCAGGAUUAUCACUCGGCAUUUAUUAUCAUUGUGGACCUACAACAUAUGAAGGGACGGAAAGCGGUUUCUUGCUAUUACAUUUGCUAUGAUGGACCAUUCGCUCGACGCCUCCUUCUUCGAGGCUGUCUUGUGCCCAGCCGUCAUCUUAGCCCUGACCAUCCCACAUAUUCGCCACGUCUUCAAGCAGCUUUCAAUUACUGAUAGGCAAAGGUAUAGCCUGAUAAGUGGCUAUGAAGACGAAGAUGGAAUAGCAACGGAUCAGUCGGAGAAAGGAACCUCGGAUACUAUCCAGAAGGUUAUUCUAUCCAUCACGGCAGUUGUUGCUGUGUUGACUGCACUGUUGUCGUCCCUAAAUGUGACCGGCCAUAAUGGCUCACCACGAGAGAUUGAACAAUGGCUACAGUUCUCCGCUUGGGCCCUGCUGCUGGUUCAAGAAUGUAUUGUCAUCUCCCGCACCUUACCCCAGGAGAAGUACGACCUAGGGAUCUGGAGUGCCGUUUCUGCUCUUCUGCUCAGCAUCGCAGGAGUAUUUCUGGAUGGUUUAUGGACCAACCCGAAUGCAUCAGGGCCGAGGAUUUCCGUAGCUGCUGUCAAAUUUACUGCGGGAAUAAUCCUAUCUUUCACCAACGUUACUUUUUCUCGUCGACCAGAAGUAUAUUUAGGGUGCAAGCCAGUCGAUCGUCAACGCACCGUUUCCUUCCUCAGCAGAUACACAUUCUCGUGGCCAGUGCCGAUUCUGUCGAAAGCCGCGCGGAACAAACAGCUGGAACCCGAAGACUUCCCUGCAAUCGGCUAUGGGGUGCGUACACAAACCUUGUAUGGUCGUUGGCUAUCUUGCACCCACCCCAAGAUAUGGAGAAAAUUAUUAAAUAUUCACCGGACAGCCUGGAUUGCUCAAGUCGCCGUCCAACUGCUUACUGCUGUGGCACAUUUCCUCCCUCAAGCCUUGUUGUUCCUUACCCUUCGUUUGCUCGAAGAGCGUGAUGCUCAAGCAGAUAAUCAGAAACAACUGUGGAUUACAACGGUCGGUCUCGGUGGAUCCCUUUUUAUAUCAUCUUGGCUGGAGUCAUUGCUGCAAUGGGUGGUAUCUAUGGAGCUGGAACUGCCAAUCCGAGAGCAGCUAUCUGCAGCUAUUUUCAGCAAGGCACUUAGGAUAAAGGAAGUUGUGAAUGUGAAUUCACAUGAUUGCUCUGAGAGCAAAGCAUCAUCCAGCGAGUGCAGUGCUGAUGAAGACGACGACGACGACGACGACGGCGAGGUUGGCCCACCAAAAACGAAACAAUCCAUGACUAACCUUCUAGGGGUCGAUGCUGUGACAAUUGCAACUUUUGUAAAAUUCAGCCAUACCCUCCUAGACGCCAUUAUCCAAUUCAUUCUUGCUAUCGCCUUCCUUACAAACCUUCUGGGCUGGAUGCCGGUACUGUGGGCUUGCACGGUCCCAGCGAUAUUGAGCCCGGUGAAUUAUGUUCUGGCCCAACAAUACAGCAAAGCAGAGGAUGCGCUCAUGACAGCAAGCGAUCGAAGGAUGGCUGUCUUAUCCGAGAUGCUACAGGGCAUUCGCCAGAUUAAAUUUGAUGCCCAAGAAGAUCAAUGGAACAGAAAGGUGCAGACUCUACGUUCCAACGAGAUCAAGAGACAAGGACGGGUUUUCCAGUUCGACCUCGCACUGAUUGCCGUGUGGUCUUGUGGUCCCAUUUGCAUGAGCUUGAUUGCACUAGCAACGUAUUUCAUGGUCAACAAGAAUCUCUCUCCCUCCAUUGCCUUCACGGCCCUCUCUAUCUUUCAAAGCUUGUCAGCUACACUUUCCAAUUUCCCAGAAACAAUCAGUGACUUAAUGAAUGCCAAGGUGGCCGCGCGACGCAUUGAGCAAUACCUUGACUUACCGGAACACAAUAACUGCCACAGAGACGGUGAAGCAAUUGCCUUUUCGCAGACAACGAUCUCCUGGCCUUCUAACACUAUGGACGAGGAAAAUAGUGAUUUCAAGAUGCGCAAUAUCAGUUUGCAAUUCCCUCGUGGAGAGCUCACCGUGAUUUCUGGUCCAGCAGGUGCUGGGAAGAGCUUACUGCUGUUGGCGACGAUCGGCGAGGCAGAUCUGCUUGAAGGUCAGAUCUUCUUUCCACAGAGACAAUCACCACUUGCCUAUAAUGGGCCGAGCAACGAAUGGUCAAUCGAUACAUCAAUUGCGUUCGUUCCGCAGAAUCCUUGGAUCGAGAAUGGAACUGUUCGGGAAAACAUUCUGUUCGGCCUCCCACUGAAUUCGGAACGGUAUCGCAAUGUUCUGCACGCAUGUUGUCUUGAAGAUGACUUGAAUUCUAUGAAAGAUGGGGACCAAACUGAUCUUGGUGCUAACGGCGUCAAUCUAAGCGGCGGCCAAAAAUGGCGUGUUGCUCUAGCCAGAGCUCUUUACAGUCCUGCCGGAGUCCUUGUCCUUGAUGAUAUUUUCAGCGCGGUGGAUGCUCGCGUCGGCCACCAUCUCUUCGAGAAAGCUUUAACAGGGACCUUAGCAAAAGGAAGAACGCGGAUCGUGGCUACGCAUCAUAUUACUCUGUGUUGGAGUGAGAUGAAGUAUUACGUAGUACUCGAGAAUGGGCGUGUUUCUUUUGCUGGCAAGCCUGAGAAUUACUGCCCUGACUUAAGCUCUAGUAACGCUGACUCUAACCAACGUAUCGAUAAUGCUGACUCUGCUGCGCAGCAGGGUCAUAUACCAGUCCCUGUAUCUAAUAGCCUGACCGCACCGCAGCAGAAUCCAUCCGAAGGGGAUAUCAAGGGCAAGGCUUUCUACGAGGCUGAGACACGAGCGACAGGCGCUGUGAAGCUGUCAAUUUAUAGCAUAUAUAUGCAGGCUUGCGGCGGCUACCUGUAUUGGAUUCCAAUUGCGCUAAGUUUUGGCUUUACCCUUGUCGCGGAAUUGGCAAUACCAUAUUGGGUGUCUGUUUGGACAAGAGAUCUUGCGAACACACAGCCUGAUAUCGAAGUGAGUAUUCAGUCGGUCUCGGACGGCCUUUCUGCGCGUUCAGAUCGACAGUCUGCUGGUAACCGUCUCUGGCUUUACCUAGGCGUGUACAUCGGUCUUUUCCUUAUGUCAAUCUUGACUGAGAUUCUUCGCUACCAGCUCGUCUUUAUGGCAUCGAUUCGAGGGUCACUUGCUAUUUUCGAAAAGUUUUUGCUCAGAGUCUUACACGCCCCUCUAAGCUUUUUAGACACAACGCCCGUGGGUCAGAUCCUCAACCGCUUCAGUGCCGACUUCAGCACGCUAGAUUCUGAUCUGGCACUGGACCUGCCCAAUAUGCUGCAUGGUGUUUUAAUGCUUCUUAGUGUUAUCAUCGCAGCACUGUUUAUAUCGCCGCUUAUGGUGGGCUUUGGAUUCAUCUCGCUCUUUCUGUCUUGGUAUAUCGCCUCGCUGUAUGUCACAGCGGCUAGAGAUGCUAAAAGGAUAGAGAGCAAUGCCAGGUCUCCUAUUUUCGAGCAGUUUGGAUCGAUCAUUGACGGUCUAGUGACGAUCAGAGCUUUUGAUAAAGUUGGUCAAUAUAUGCAUCGCAUGUAUAAUACGAUGGACGCGCAUUGCCAGGCUCUUUGGCAUCUGCGUCUCUUCAACUGUUGGAUGAUGUUCCGGCUGAACAUGAUCGGGGCUUUGUAUGUAACUAUGACAGCAGCGCUGAUCGCAACCAUUAGGGGCGUCGAUGCGUCUGUGGCAGGGUUUGCUCUCAGUUUCGCUUUACAGAUGUCUGAGGUCGUCGCUUGGGUACUGUCGGAAUACGCCGAGAUCGAGCUGGACUUCAAUGCCGUCGAACGUAUUGUUGAAUACACCCAGAUCGAGAGUGAGCACCAAGAUGGCAUGGAUGCUCCAGCUGGAUGGCCUACAAAAGGCGAGAUUGAGGCAAAUGACCUUGUCGUUGGAUACGCACCGGAAUUGUCACCGGUUCUACGGGGGUUGAGCUUCUUAAUAAAAUCUAACGAGCACAUCGGCAUCGUCGGACGUACUGGUUCUGGCAAAUCGUCAUUGACACUCGCACUUCUGCGCUUCCUCGAGGCACGGUCCGGAUCUUUACACAUUGAUGGAAUGGAUAUCUCUAAACUGAGACUCCGUGCCCUCCGCUCGAAGAUAGCAAUUAUCCCACAGGACCCCGUUAUCUUCUCGGGAACUCUCCGAUCGGUCCUCGAUCCGUUUGACCAGUACACAGACUCUGAGCUCCUCGCCGUUUUAGCGAAAGUCCAUCUCAGAUCCUCUACGGACGAUGGACAAAACUCAGAGCUAGAAGGAACAGAUGAAGAUUGUAAUAACGCCGCCUUAUCUCUUUCCUCGCCAAUCUCCGAGCGAGGCAAGAACUUGUCCCAGGGCCAACGUCAAUUAGUGUGUCUAGCUCAGGCCUUGCUAUCCCGCCCGAAGAUCCUCAUAAUGGACGAGGCGACUUCUUCCAUUGAUAUGAGCACGGAUGCGCUGAUCCAGCAGACUAUUCGUCAAGAAUUCUGUGACUCUACUCUCAUGGUCAUUGCCCACCGACUGUCUACUGUCGUGGACUUUGACCGGAUCAUGGUCUUAGGGGAGGGGAGGAUAGCCGAGUUUGAUACACCGGCUGCUUUACUGAGAAAUGAAGGGGGCCCGUUCUGGACCUUAGUCGACAAGAGCGGGGAGAGAGAUUCUUUGCGUCGCAGUAUGUUACAAGGUGAGAGACAAGCAUAGCCGGAUGUUUGAGAGCUGAUAUUGCAUCCGUCGAAUAUCUUGUCCUCAUGUUUGAAGAUUUAUAUUUUUUUUUCCCCGUGUACUACUUCGUAGAUUGUAAUGCUUCCACUGUGAUAGAGUAUCCCAUGGAGCCCAAUAAAAAGCAUUUGUUUUUAAUGUUAUUUAUUUAUUUAUUA